CGAACCUCGGGUGACUUGGCACAGCUUGUGAAGCCGUGGCCGCACCGCAGAGAAGUGAAGUUGAGCAUCCUGCAGAUCUUUAUGUUGACAAGACAGAAGAACAAUAUAUCCAGCUGAGUCGAGUGAGCGACACACUGUGUGGCAGCGAGGCUGUGGCUGAGUGCUUCAUGAUGGGAUACUUUAGGUCAGCAUGGAAGAGGACUUCCUCCACAGCACCUGACAUAUCACGGCUGCAUUCUUUGAUGCCGCUGCUCUACUUUUGAUGGCAUCAUUCUGCUGUCAAGCACUAAAGUUUAAGCAAAACAAGGGGAAAUUAUGAAGUCAACUGAAGUGGUAAAAUUUGAUCGAAUUCAGUCACAUUAAACCCAUUAUCCAGUUAAUGAUAUAGCUUGAUCUCUGUAGCCUGGCACAGGCAGACGCAUCCCACGUGUCUACCUGGAACUGUCCUUCCAUUUUAUGGAGGCCUUGCAUAGUCGCCUGACGACUGGGGAGCAGUCCGGAGGUCAAGAACAUUGUCAACCAGAGUCUCCUCACCGAGGCCCGCAGCCCAAGUCUCCCUCUCAGCCCCGUCGGCAACAGCGAACUGGCUCCCCGAAGUCCCAUGGCACACUACAGCAACCCAAACAAUCCAGGAGACCGCAUCCUGAACGUAAACGUCUCAGGCACCAGCGGCAGAGCCUUGACUCCGAUGCAGCAGUGGAACACAAACAUGAGGCAACAACAGCAACCGCAGUUUCUAGUUUGUCACCAGGAGUCCCAUGUUCCUCAGCAGGUGGACCCACCCAGUCUAAACCUGAAACCCAGGAGGGCACCCCAAAACAGAAACGCGAGCGUAAGCCUCAGAGACCAGGCAAAUAUGUCUGCACUUACUGUGGCCGGGCAUGUGCAAAGCCUAGUGUCUUACAGAAACACAUUCGCUCCCACACAGGUGAAAGACCCUAUCCCUGUGCCCCGUGUGGCUUCUCUUUUAAGACCAAGAGUAACUUGUACAAACACCGCAAAUCACACACCCACAAGGUGAAGGCAGGGCUGACGCUUGGCGAGCCGAGAUCUUUAGAGGAGCAAGUCACUGAGUCAGAAGAUGAAACCAGACAGCUAUCAUCAGCAUCUUCCCUUACAGAAAUACGAGGCAGUGAAGCCUCGAUCAAGAGUCAUGAAACAGACGGGGCCAAAGAUUGCACUAAAGGAAACGAUGACUCCUACGCAGUGAAGAAGAGACUGGCCUUGCGUCUAAGUAGAGGAAAACGUGGCCCUCUAGACUCGUCUGACGAAAAGACCUCAUCUCUAAGUUUAGGGAGUAAAGGCAGUACAGAAUCGGGCUAUUUCUCUCGCUCUGAAAGCACUGAGCAGACACAGGACAGCCCCCCGAACACAAGUGCCAAAAGCUAUGCAGAAAUCAUCCUGGGCAAAUAUGGACGUCUUGGACACCUGCAGAGGAUGUCUCGGCACCAUAACCAGCUGCCCUCUGGUCAGGAGGACAAAAGCGUCCCAUUCACAGUCCCCAAGAAGCAGGUCAUUGACCAUAUCACCAAACUCAUCACUAUCAACGAGGCAGUGGUAGACACCAGUAAAAUUGACAGUGUAAAACCAAGGAGAUUCUCACUCUCCAGGAAGAAUAGUUCAGAGUCUCAGAAGAGUUCAUCUGUGAAAGAAACACUGAUUCACAGCCCUAAAGCUGGAGAUCUGGGCUAUAUAAACAGUGGCUCCAUCACCAUGGGAGUUCCAUGUGAAAAGUUUCAUCAUCCAUCCCUAAAUGUGGAGCAGCCAGCUGGCCAAACAUCCACCGCCCCAUUGGUGAGAAGUCACUCGAUGCCAUCUGCAGCUAGUUCAUUUGACGCCUCCAGCGGUGGCCUCAGUAAGUUCCGCUUAAGUCAGUCCUUUGAUGAACGACGGCCUUCCGAAACGCAAGCAUCCCGUCGUUAUGGGAUGCUAAGACGGCAGCCAGCUAUUGAAAUCCCACUUGGUGCCGAACUUACAAAAGAGGAACACGAGGGUUCUCAUUCACUUUACCCUGACAGAGUUACCACUGUGCCUGACCACACGCAAAGCCCACCGCAGCCAUACGAGUGUGAGGCCUGUGGCACUGGAUGCAACGAUUGGGAAGGUUAUAAGAAACACAAGCAAAGCCUGUGCUUAGCACAUCAUCCCAGAAAUGAGGUGGUAGUUAGUCAAAUGGGGUGCUCACAGCUAAUUAAUCAUGCAGUCAGAGCAGGAGCUUCAGCAAUGCGCAAGAGAAGGAAAGAAGAGAGUUUGGAAUUCGAUGAUCCCUCUUCGCCUUCAUUACCCUCUCCGGCCCUCUUAUCAGGACAGUGUAAAGAUGAAAGCAGCGUAGCUUACGAGGGCCCCAGAAGACUUGCGCUACAAACCUGUUCAGUAAUUCAACACACCAGUUCAUUUGAAAAACAAGAAUCUUUGUGCAAUGAGAAUCAAGGCACUGAGGCGACAAUAAACUCUCCACCUCAUGAAGACUAUCAACCGGUGCCUCAGAAACCAUCCCAACAGUCGAGAACACUAACAACUCGAAGUCUGGUCCGCCAACACAGUGUGCGGGUUCCAGAAAUACUGGUCACAGAGGAUUCCAACAUGAACACAGCGACCUCAAAAAAGCCAACCACCACAGCAAAACAUUCAGAGAAACCUGAUGAAUUUCAGUGGCCACAGAGAAGCCCCUCUCUGGCCCAGCUCCCCAUUGAAAAGCUUCCUCCGAAGAAGAAGCGCUUACGUUUAGCCGAGGCUGCCCAGUCUUCCGGGGAAUCCAGUUUUGACUCUCUAUCCCUGCCCCACAGCCCUAGUCAGGACAGCAGUGCAUCCUAUGCAUCCAGCCGUUCCACGUCCUUUGAAGAGUCAAAUAGACCAGACAUGGAGAUGGCAGGAUCAACUCCGCUGAGGCGAUCAAGAGCUCCUCACAUGUUGACGGUGCCUGGGGUGCAUCAGCAUCGAGAGAUGAGGCGCUCUGCAUCUGAGCAGGCGCCCCAUGACCCACAGCCGAGCGUCCUAAUGGCUGAGAGCCGCAGUAAGUCUUUUGACUACAGUUGUCUGUCCCCUGAGCGCUCUGCAGUUGGCUGGAGGGAAAGAAGAAAGUGUCUCCUUAUGAGACACACUGCUAUCAGAGAUCCAGAUGAGGAGGAGCAGUGUACCGUAGCGAGCCGUAGUCCUGAACAUGUCAGCUCCACCACAUCCCGUCAAGCAAGCCCAACUUCUGUGUACUGCAGCAGGUCCCCCACAUCUCCUUCAUCAGGUGACGCAGUCUUGCGUAAUCCAGUGAGAUUUCAAUGCAAAGAGAUCUUCUCUCAGUGGAAAAAUAUUCAGUUAGCGGGCAGCACAGAACUCCCCUCUGUAGAUCCUGCAAAAGAAGAGGCCUCACACAUCCAUAUAGAGCAGCCUCCUCCUCAAGCGCCGCAGCCCUAUCCUACACAUGGACCAUCAGGGGCAGCUAGAGCUCGCUACCUCCCCAUGUCUACAGGCCUGAAGCUAGAGAUUCCUUUACUACACCGUGAUUAUUCAGAGGCGGUCCGGGUAAGUCCCUCCCACAUCCAGCGCUCUGUCCCUCACAUCACUCCCAGUCUGGAGUUACUGAGGCCCAUCACAUCUCCUGCAGUAGCAGUGCGUCUCCAAACGGACACCCUCACCUUAGCAUGCGCCAUAUACACCACGUUUUCUCAGUCCACCUCCCCUGGGCCCCAGGAGGCGGUUGAUGCCGUUUCACACAAUAUAUGUAUCCCAACAGCUGAAUACAGAAACCAUAGGAACAUAAGUCCAGACGUUCAGUUGUGGUCUGACGAUGGUCUGAGGACAUCAGGCUCAGGGGGCAAUAAGCGCAUGCUUUCCCCAUCAAACAGCAUGGAGCUCCCCCCUGAGUCACAGCAGCAGCAGAAACGAGUGAAAGAAGAAGAAGAGGAGGGGGAGGUGGGGUGUGUUGACAAGGCAUCAGUGGACACGUGCAGUCAGGAAGUAAAAAGAGAGAAUCAGACAUGUCUGCCCAGUGUUUGUUCUCCCAUCGCACAUGGUGGACCAUCAUACCCCAGUCUGCUGUCCAGCACCUGUAAUAGCUGGUGCUAUUUGAACUACAUUAAACCAAACCCGUCUGCUCUGGAUGAACAGAAGCCCUCAGUGUAUUCAUCGUGGUCCACUAGCGGCUAUGACCCCAACCCACCUGGCCUCUCCAGCAAGACUGCUCUCUCUCUGCUGCACUGCAAGCAGAGGCUCAGUCCAUCCAUCUACACCAUAUCCCCCAUGUCCGUCAGGACAACGGAGUCAAUGGAGCAAGAGGACCGCAAAAGACCAUGCUCCACUGAGGUCUACAACAGCCAGUCGUACUGCAGAGACAACCAGGGAACGAACAAGGGACAGCAGUCAGCAGAUGAGGACAGGUCAAACAGAAAAGAGGAGGCGGCGGAGGAGGAGGAGGAGGAGGAGGAGGAGGAGGCAAAGAACGAGGAGGAGGAAGUACAUUCAUGCUUCAGAAAUAAACAACCUCCCGAAGUUUGGAUCUCUGAGAGAGUAUCAAAUGAGAAGUAUGGUGUCAUGCAUGGUGGAGGUGGAGGGCAGUGCCAGUGUAAGGACUGUGGAUUCCACCUUAAGAAUACCAGCGUGCUGCAAAAGUGCACCCAUCGCAUCACAGAAUCCCCCCCAUCUUACUGCAAACACUGUAACCUUCCUCUCAAAGCCCAAGGAAGCCUCGUCAAACACCUGAGAUCAGAGGCACGUGGAAACGAAACCUGUUACCCAGAUGGCAACGAUGAAGGAGUCUGUGGAGAACGUUCACUUCAACCCGAUAAACAAAAAGAUCCUGACUACUCUGAUCUGGGGAAAAGUCGACCUGAUGAGGAUGACGACGCAAGGGACGAAGAUGGCAGACGUGAUGAAGACAACCGCUCCGAGGCGGCUGAAAGCUCUCACACGGCCUCUUCUGACAGUGAGAAACCAGAACCCAGCCAAUCCAUCCCGGGUCCCCCUAAGGAUUCUACCCAGAAGAGCUCGGCCAGCACCAGGAGGGCCCUGUUCGCCCGCAGACGCUUCGACGCUUCAGCGUCGGCGUCAUCCGGAGGCUCCCGUUCUCCAGGUACUCAACCCGUGGUUCCACAGAGGGAGCCGUCUCCACCUCGAAGCCCCCAACCCGGGCCCCAGUCCCCAUCCAGAUGUCCUGUCUCCCCCUCCACUCUGAGACCAGUCUCCCCUGUUAGAAGUCUUUCUCCUAUAAUAGUUCAGUACCAUGGAUCGGAGUUCUCUGGGCCUCCGUGUCGAUCCUGUCUUCACCCAAGAGGCCGACCGUCUACAGCAAGACUGUCCGUGGAUGAGUUUGGUCUGAGCCACAUCUCCACACAUCCCGCGCGGCCUCGGAGAGCCCUCAACGUCCUGAGUCACCUCCCUCUGCACUCCCAGGGGGCGAGCAGGUCCCCGAGCCUCCUGAUUCCCAUCGGGGGGAUUCACAUGAUUCAGCCCCGGUCCACCCUCCCUCUGUACAGCCUGGUGAGCAGCCCCGUAGCAGCCCCAGCCGGCCUCGCGGGGGCAUCCUGGAGACUAAGGGACGCUCCAAAGGGGAUGCUCCCUCCGCUGCAGCGCCACGAUACUCUCAAAGAGCCGUGGCAGCGCAGCCGAGCCAGCCCGCAGGACCCGGAGGGGUCGGGGCGGGGGGUGUCCGGGGGCGGCCGAUCGGACGCUUUAUUACACAGAAACCCUCCGAGUCCCGGGACGGAGACCAGGCGCCUGGGGGUCGACACAGACGCUCAUGUUCUAGGGAGGUGUGUUUACCCCGAGGCCACCCAAGGCCAAAAAAAGGCUCCUUCCUCCCAGACACAACACUGAUAGGAGGAGAGUCUGAAAGGGACAGUGCAAAAAGACAAUAAAAACAACCUGAGGCUGAUGUCAAAACACAGCACUGGGGUCGGAGACUGAGUACAAAAGGCAAGAGCACUUGAGCACCGCUUCUGAAUGACGCUAUAAUGUAAUUAUAUGAAUAAUAUAUAUAUAUAUAUAUAUAUACUAUGUUAGAUA